AAUCCCUGACGAAGUUUGUCAUCUUCUCUCCAUCGUCCACAAUGUCUGCAAAAAAUGGAAUCGUAGAGCAGCGUGCCUUCGACGCGAUCGAUAGAUUAUCUGUGCCUCAGAUUGAUUUGGACGUGUCAGAUGAUGAUCUGGUUCAAUUUGUAACUCCGCCUGGCUUUAUUGAUCUGACUCAAGAAGAAGAACAGCCCCGCAGUAGCUGCGUCGUGGUCAGACGAAACGGACGUGCUUCUAAUUCUAGCAGUGAGGGACAAAGCCAGAGACCCGGACCCAGCAGCAGAGUUCUUGGGAAGCGGAGAAAGACUGAUGAUUCAAGCCCCGCAUUAUAUGACUCCGACAACGAUGAAUUGGAUCAAUCUGUAGACCAUCGCGCUAUUAUUGAUCUGACUCAAGAGGAACAGCUUCCGAGCUGCAGUGGUGUAGUUAGUCGUAGUGUGACGCCGAGCCAAACCUCCAGCCCUGGUGGUGAGCCUUCAAGAAAGAGGCGAAACAUUGAUGGUUAUAGCCCUGCUAGCACUCCUGGAAUCGAACUGAUUGAUGUUGUGAAUGUUAGAAGCACAGAUGACGUGGCUAAUUGGACUGCUUCACAGUUGAAUGCCUGGGAAAGCGGGUCUUGGGGGAGCGACCACGGAAGCGGCCACUAUGAUGAGGCGUCGGUGAGAGGGCGUCAAACGCCAUAUCCUUUUCACCAGCCAACGGCAGAUGCGGACGAAGAUGAAUCACAAAUAGUGCCGGAGCCAGAACCAGAGCCAGAGCCAGAACCAGAGCCAGAACCAGAGCCAGAGCCAGAGCCAGCGAGUGAUGAUGAUGAUGAUGAUAAUGUUGAUAAUGAUGAAAUGCUACACAAUUUAAUUUGUAACAGUUUAGAAACAUUCCAGAUUGGGUUGCGUAACAGAUUGGAACAGUUUAUCGAGGAGGUUUAUAGCCGUAUUGAUGUACAGAUUCGUCAUAUAAGCGACGGUUUACAGCGUCAGAAUCUGGUGUUAGAGAAUCGUGAUUAUAAUAUGCAUGCAGACAGCACUGAAAAUUUUGUACGGGUCUUUAACAUUUUAAACGAAGACCAUCAAGAGCGAAGGGUUAUGGUUCAUCUUCUAAGUAUCUUGUGUGACAGGUUGCAUUCAGACUAGAUAACAUGAUUAUCGAUUUUUUUAUCUGACAAUACGUCCAUUUGUGCUUUUUUUUUUUUUUUUUUUUUUUUUUUUCAUGUAUUAAACUUUGAGUGUGGUUGUUUUUUCUUUACCUAUCAUGUUAUGAUUUUACAUUCUUUGAAUCAUUGUUUAUACAUUAUACUCUACAAUAUUUCACAAUUUUGCUGUCAAUAUUACUUUUGAUCCAAAAAUGGAAGAGUCAAAAUGUUUUUGUGUAGACGAUACAGACGAUUGUCAAUCAGACCAAUCUCUCGCGCACAUGUUGCAGGCUGUGCUUGAAAAACAAAUUGAGAAACCCAAUUACAUAUCCA